AUGAGGCACAGCCAACAGCUGGCCAUCCUCGUCUGGGUGGCCGCAUUCACGGCGAUACACGCGCUGGUCGCGCCGUCUCGCCAAUCCAUCGGCCGGUAUACCGAAACCGUCGACGGCAAUGUCGCCGACACGGGCUGUAAGAAGAGCGAUAGGACUUACAGCAGCGAGAGUCCCAAAGCGGGCAGCUUCAUGCCAUGGAAGCUGCUUGAGCCCCAGAAUGCGUGGAGCAGCGGCAAGCAGUACAUUACCAUUGUUAACCUGACGCCCCAUCGCUUCAAGCUCGACUCUACCCACUCGUAUCAAAUGGACGAGUUCAACUUUGGCGACGUCCCGCAGGGCCAAGCGCGCCAAAACAUAGCACACUACACUGAGCGAAAGGGCGCCAACGCCAAGGACGACAACGGCGAGGCGUACUACAGCAUCGAGGGCACCAACAAGAAGUUCGUCAUCCGAGCGACAACUCACAUUCCGGACGCGCACUCGCGGCGGACCAUUAUUGACCUGAGCGGCAUGGGCAUGGGCCAGCGCGAGUACCUCGACCCAGCCCAGGAGUCGCCCGUCACGCUCGUCAUCACCGGCAGCAACGACUACGGCUUCAUCACCUCGAUCCGGUACGGCGCGGGCAACUGGAUGAGAGGCAUCUACGACGUCAUCAAAGACCGCCAGAUUCAGCACAUUGUCAUGCCGGGCACGCACGACUCUGGGAUGAGCACUAUUAGCGGCAAAAUUGUGUCCCUCGGCAUCGCGGCCAACACGCAGACGCAGGGCAUCAACAUCUACAACCAGUUGUGGGCGGGCGCGAGAUGGUUCGACCUGCGCGUCGCCUCCGUCCACGACAACGCCAACACCGGCGACUACGGCUUCUGGGUCCUCCACGUAAACGACGAGCGGGCCGACAUUGCCAUUGGCAACUCGGGCGAGUCGCUGGACGACGUCGUCAACGAAAUCAACAAAUUUACGGCUCAGAACCCCGGAGAGGUCGUCUUCUUUCGCAUCAGGUAUUUGAUUGGUAUCCGCAAGAUUCCUAGCCGGGGCCCCAUCAACUGGAACAAGGACAUUGUCAAUGCCUUUUUUGGCAAGCUUAAGGGCGUCAACAACCGCUGCCCGAACUUGGACCCGAACGUCAAGUUCAACAAGCAGACUGCGUCGUACUUUAUGGACCAGAACGGCGGCAAGGGCUGUGUUGUCUUUAUGCUCACGGGUGAUCUGCCGAACGAUGUGCCUCAGGACUCUGUCGGCGACGGCAUUUACAAGGGCAACAGGAUGGAUGUCUGGGAUAACUGGUCGAACCUCGCAGAGACGGAGCCCAUGGCAAAGGACCAGGUCGCCAAGUGGAAGACGGUCGGGCGGAGCGGCAACUUCAACAACGACCAAUUUCUCAUCUCGCAGUGGAUCGUCAGCGCCGACGCCGUCAAGACGACCUUUUUCGGCAUCCAAAACAUUGCCAUUAUGCCGACGAACCCUGCGCUGUACUGGAUGGGCGUCAACAACAUGUCACCAGAGACCUGGCCCAACGUCCUCCUGGUUGACUACCACGGCGUGGUCGUCACGGACCAGUCGAGCUGGAAUGAGCUGAGCGCCGAGCUGUACACCUUGGCCAUUGGCAUGAACCUGUACAUGAUAAGCGAAAACUGCGACAUCAGCACCCGGCGGUCUCCGCUGCUGCCCAAGGCCAACGGCCGCGUCAAGACGUUGCAGGCGAGCGAGAUUUCGGAGCCCUGGAACGGAAUCAUCUACGCCAACGGGACGGUCCAGAAUAGCCCGCCAGAGAGUCUGCAUCCCGGACGAGUCGAGGUGUUCAAGAGCGGCACCAAAUUCUCCAACGGAACCAUUUUGACCGAAGACGUCAUGAACCCUCUCUAUCACUCUACUGUGGUCUAG